AUGGAUACUGGCAUGGGCACAAGCACUGGCACCAAGACUGAGCGCCUAGUGGGAGGUCAAUACAAAAUGCUCAGGAAGAUCGGGUCAGGCUACUUUGGCAAUGUUUAUCUGGCCAUUAAUAUCAUCAGUGGAGAAGAAGUGGCCAUGAAGGUAGAGCCUCAAUAUGGCAGAAGCCCAAGGCUGAGGGUCGAGAAUGCUGUAUAUAAACUGCUUCAAGGAGGCAUUGGCAUCCCGCGCCUGCAAUGGUUUGGGCAAGAUGGUGGUCAGAAUAUUAUCGUCCUUGACCUUCUGGGACCUAGCCUGGAAGACCUCUUCGAGUUUUGUGCCAGAAACUUCUCAAUGAAAACCAUUCUUAUGCUGGCUGAUCAAAUGAUUGGUAUCCUGGAGUAUGUACACUCCCAGAACGUGUUACACAGAGAUAUUAAGCCUGAGAAUUUUUUGAUGGGAAUGGGAAGGGAGUGUAACAAAGUUUUUCUGGUUGACUUUGGUCUUGCUAAGAAAUACCGGGAUAAUAAGACCAGACAACACAUACCAUACCGAGAGGAUAAAGGCCUCGUUGGCACCAUUCGAUAUGCCAGCAUCAACACACAUCGUGGCAUCGAGUACAGUCGACGAGAUGAUAUGGAAUCAUUAGGAUAUGUCCUCAUAUAUUUCAACAGAGGCAGCUUGCCCUGGGAGGGACUAAAGGCUGAUAAUAAGAAACCAAUACAUGAAAAAAUUGGUGAGAAGAAGAUGUCCAUUCCAGUUGAUGAUCUUUGUAGAGGGUUUCCUUCAGAAUUUGCUACUUACCUGAACAUCUGUCGCCAGUUGGGCUUUGAGGAAACACCUAAUUAUAUGUAUUUCAGGCAAAUUUUCCAGCUUGCAUUUAGAAACCUGAAUUUUCAGUACGAUAAUGUAUUUGAUUGGGCUGUGCUGCCACCCAGAACUCCUCAUCUGGCGUCUUCUUCCAAGGUGUAG